AGUGUGUGAAUGAAAGAAAUGCGACUAAAACACUGUUAGAAAUUCGCCCUUACAUAUUUGCUUUUUGCCGAAUGACGUGUGUGUGUUAGAAAAUAUACUUUGACAUCGGCCUCUGGUGUACUAGAACUUUCCACCGCGCCUGUCAAGUCCAGGGCAGGUUAGUGCGCAUGUGCAUUCUGGAUAUUUCCUCACGUGGAGAUAUCCUUCAGCGUGUCAGAUCCACGCUCACCGAGGAAUCGGGGUGCAGCUUCACGCCGGCUCUCAGACAUGGCCUUCAGAAAAUUCCUUCCGCUUUUUGACCGGGUGCUCGUGGAGCGCUUCACAGCAGAGACGGUAACAAAGGGGGGCAUCAUGCUGCCAGAGAAGUCUCAAGGCAAAGUGCUGCAGGCCACAGUGGUGGCAGUCGGACCAGGCUCCAUCAACCAGGAUUUCUACAACUGGCCGGAUGAAUCGUUUGAGGAGAUGGACAGCACCCUGGCUGUUCAACAGUACAUUCAGCAGAACAUCCGGUCAGAUUGCUCCAAUAUUGACAAAAUCCUGGAACCUCCGGAGGGCCAGGAUGAGGGGGUGUGGAAGUAUGAGCACCUCAGGCAGUUCUGCCUGGAGCUGAAUGGGCUAGCUGUAAAACUGCAGAGUGAGUGCCAUCCAGACACCUGCACCCAGAUGACGGCCACAGAGCAGUGGAUCUUUUUAUGUGCUGCCCACAAGACACCCAAAGAGUGCCCUGCCAUCGAUUACACCAGGCACACGCUGGACGGAGCUGCCUGUCUUCUUAAUAGCAACAAAUACUUCCCCAGCAGGGUGAGCAUCAAGGAAUCAUCAGUGGCCAAGCUGGGCUCUGUCUGUCGUCGCAUCUAUAGGAUAUUCUCUCAUGCUUACUUCCAUCAUCGCCAGAUAUUUGAUAAGUAUGAGAAUGAAACGUUCCUGUGUCACCGGUUCACACGCUUCGUGAUGAAGUACAACCUGAUGUCCAAGGACAACCUGAUCGUGCCCAUCCUGGAGGAGGAAGUGCAGAACACCUCUUCAGCUGGGGAGAGUGAAGCCUAAGAGUCAGCAGCUGCUGCUAUAAGGGAGACACAUGUAAACUUAUAUUUCCACAUUACAGAGGAGAUGCAUUCAUUCUGCAUACAUACACACAAACACACUACAGUGUAUUGAGGGUCCUGUCUAGUAACACUGUCCAUGUCCCUCCUCCCCAGUCACCUGUAUCUAUCUCAAAGGAAGUAAGGGUAAAGAUGACCAGGAGCAGAGUUCAGCCAUGCCUGCAGGACAUAAUGAUAUUUUCUAUUUCCACUCUGAGGCUGUGGGUACAGCCCUGCUCUCACACCUCUCCUGUAGGGAAACCCUGUUCCUAACCCCACAUGUCCACAGGAUCCAGCUUGCAUGCUCACGGCUCCGUGGCUGCUUCCAAGCAUGUUGGAAACAUUCAGUUUUCCAGCAUAAACACAUUCAUUUAGAUGCAUUGUGGCUGUACUUGAAUUCAACAACCCUCGGUGCCUCUUUCUGUCAUCACUCGCUCAUUAAUGUAGGCCGUCUCAGAUUUUUCCUCCUCAUAGAUAGAAUAAAGGGAUUUUUUUUUUUUAAGCACACAUAAGCUCCUACAAUUCUGUUCUAGGUGAGAGCAAAUAAAGGAACGUUAAAAACUGUGCCAUGUAAAUGAGGACGACUUUAACAGUUAACCUUGGAAGCUUAAAUACUGACAGGGAACUACAACUUGAGAGGCUUUGUCCUCCAAAUGUUCCUACAGGAGCUUGGAGAAAAUGUUUGUAAACUAAUAAUAGGCUGAAGUCCUCAGAUGGCCCAGUGAUGUUCAGGCAUUAAGAGAGGAAGACAGUUUGAUCGACAGUGAGGUCUACCUUAAAGCUUGCAGCCGGCCUUCUGUAUUGUUGGCUAAUGUUUGCAAGUCUUAAAACUGCUCUGGACUCCUUUUUAUUUCCCUAGAAAGUUCCUAGACAUUUUGAUGAAACCUUUUAUUGUCUAACUCUAUAACAUAGCACGAAGUAAGCUGUUCUGGCAGGCGUUCAUCCAUCCAUCCUCAGCAGUGACGGAGCCGUGACGCCAUGCUGCCGCCCCCUGGACGUUGCGGGUUAAUCUUCCUCAGGCAGCUGGGUUUGCAGAAGCCUCUGUAACUAUGGUGACCUGUAUUGUUGACAAAGGCCCACACUGACAGCUCUCCCUUCUGUGUAUAUAACCCCUCUCCCACUCCUCCCCAUUUAAAUUUACUGUCAUGUUUUCUGUGCUUCACUUUUCUCCUGUCUGCUUCUGUUUCUUUUGCUUGUAUUGCCUGCCAGCCCGGUUUGGGGGUGUCCCAUGAGAUGGAUCACUAAAUUAGCCUGCUGACUUAAUGCUAUUAAAACACAACGUAAGUGUGCGGCUCAUGUGGUAGUGAACAAAGAAAACCGUAAUUUCUUAGCUCUUUAUGUGUAUUAGCAGUCAGAUAUUCUCUCUUUGGCCUUUGACAUGUGUUUAGGAAGGCUUUUUGGCUAACUCUGAUCCUGCUUUGUGACAUGUCCCCACUUAAAUACUGUGCCUGAUAUUCCCGUUUCCUGCAGCAGAGCCACUUUUUGCUGCUGUAAGCAGUCAGUGAGUAAAUGCACCCAGGAAGGAGAGAACAUCAGCCACAUUUACAUGUCAGAGCACAACCUUCUUUUACCCUUUCCCUCAUUAAGUUAUUUUGUGGGAGGAGUCUUAUCCAACCCACUUUUUUUUUUUUUUUUAAUGGACUAAAAGUUUUGUU